CGUGCGUGCGUGCGUGCGUGCGUGAGUGUGCUCUGCUCCAGCUCGCAGCAUCCGCGGCAGCAAUAUGGCGGCGGAUCCGGUUACCGCUCCGAUCAGCUGUUGAUCAUCUGGAUCGAUUCCGUGUGUCCGAUCAUCCGCUGGAAACUACAUGCGUCCGAGCACACCGAUCAUCCGAACCGAGUCAUCAUCCGACUGACAGAAGGCCGAUUAAAGCGCGUUGAUGACGGGAAGCUGAAGCGGCGUAAUCAUGGAUGUGUUCGGCUUUCUCAAUCUAAACGAACUCGCUCUGGGACUGUCAAACCUCUCCAUGUUCCCCUGCUUCGACAUGGCGCAUUAUAUCAUAUCUGUGAUGAGUCUGAGAGAGCAGCCAGGAGCGCUGGAGGUUUCUCAGCGCAGUCCGUUCGCCUGUUGGUUCAGUUCGAUGCUGUAUUGUUUCGGUGGAGCUGUUCUCUCAGCGCUGAUGAUGGCAGACGCACCGGUCGCUUCACACACACACACACACACACACACACACACUCAAACUCACACUCACAGACAGUAUCUGGUGUUUUAUUGUCCUCUGGAUGCCGUGUACUCGCUGGCGUCCGUGUUGCCCGUGCGUCUGGUCUUGACGGCGAUGAAGGAAGUGACCCGUACCUGGAAGGUUCUGGGCGGAGUCACACAAGCAGGAAGGAAGUACAAAGACGGUCUGUUUGUGAUGAUCGCGGUGGGCUGGGCUAAAGGAGCCGGUGGAGGACUCUUGAGCAACUUUGAGCAGCUGGUUCGAGGCGUCUGGAAACCAGAAACCAACGAACUCCUGAAGAUGUCAUACCCGACCAAGGUGACGCUGCUGGGAUCCGUUGUGUUCUCUCUCCAUCAGUGCCGCUUUCUCCCGAUUCAGACGCAUCAGCUGAUCUUCAUCUACACGCUCUUCAUCGUCACCAACAAGACGCGGAUGAUGUUGUUGGGCUCGUCAUCGUAUCCGUUUUCAGCGGUGGAGACUCUGCUCUACAAGACUCUGUUUGUUCGACCUUUGACCUUUUCACCUCUGACCGACCCGACCCAGAGCUGCUGCACUUCCCCGAACCACAACAAACCCAACGCACAAGACCAGAAACCCAGCGACACCAACGACCCGGACCAAACCAGCCCCAAAGAUGCAGAAACCACCAAAAAGACCGACUGAGUCCUGAUGGAGAACUGUAGCGUUUCCGGCUGAUGAUGUUUUUAAAUGCACAGAUGCUCUUUUUAUCUGAAUAUCUUGAUUCGUACAUAUUUGCUAUUCUGAGCUGAUUCACAGAAGAUUCUGUUCUUUUCUAUCCUGUGAUGGUGAGGAUAAUAUAUUUUAAUAUUAUUUAUAAUGCAUUUGUGAAUGCAAUCACAGAAAGUAGAAUGCCGAAACCUGUUUUACUGUAAGAUGUUUUGAUGCUGAAAUGAUUGAAUAUAAUUCACUCGCUCUGA